AUGGUUUCCGAAAAACCAGGCCACAUCGGCCAUGGCUCGGCCGUCGAAAGCCCGGUCGUCCAUAAGUUCUCGUCUGACGAGGAAAUUGUGCUGUCCCACGAUACAAGUUCUCUGCCCCCAGGAUACUUUACCAGCACUUACUUUCUUGGGACAAUGGUUGCAUCUGGGCUUGCGAUAGCUGGAGGCGUCGGUGGUUUUGCUCUGGCAGCCCCUCUUCUGGGCAUCAUCAAUGCAGAUAUCGGUCCCGACCCCAACUACGUCUGGAUCGGCCUGGUCUACACCCUUACUCUUGCCAUUGGCCAGACUCUCGUCGGUCGUCUUUCUGAUCUCUUUGGUCGACGCUGGUUUUUUAUCUCGGGGAGUAUUCUCGCCCUCAUCGGCUGUAUCAUUUGCGCAGUUGCGACUAACAUCCCGAUGGUAAUCGGUGGUACUACUCUCAUCGGACUUGCUGCAUCAACCCAAUUAUCAUUUACCUUUGUUGUCGGAGAACUCGUCCCAAUGGAAUACCGCUUCAUGGCAAAUGCGUUUGUAUACGUAUGGUCUAUUCCAUUCUCUGGUCUCGGACCACUUGUGGCAUACGCCUUUGUACUUCACACGAAAGCAGGCUGGCGUUGGUGUUAUUAUCUAAUGAUAAUUGUUAACGGCCUCGGCGCCCUCUGCUGGUAUUUCUUCUAUCAUCCACCGACUUUCUAUAUGAAGAAUCGCACCACAACCAGAUGGGAGAUGGUGAAGAAUUUCGACUUUGUGGGAUUUAUCCUCUUCUCAGGUGGACUUCUUAUCUUCCUCAUGGGACUUUCAUGGGGUGGUGGGGUGCACCCUUGGAAUUCGGCUCAUGUUAUCAGUACUCUGGUCGUUGGGUUUGUAGCAUGCGUUGCGUUUGUGCUCUGGGAAACGAUGGCAAACCCGAAGGAACCCUUGAUGCCGAUGCAUUUGUUCAAGGACAUCGGCUGGGACGCAACCAUUAUCCUCAUCUCCCUCGGUGCUUCUGUCUACUAUGCCUUCUCCAUCAUCUUCCCACAGAUGGUCUUUGGUCUCUAUACCGAGGAUAAGGCCUACGGCUCGGCUCUUUCCUGCAUCGUUGGUGCUUGUAUUGUCAUGGGCCAAAUCGUUGGCGGCCUCCUAUCAAAAUGGAUCGGGAAGCAGAAGUGGCAGCUCGUUGUUUCGACUACGGCCUUCACCGGCCUCCUCGGUGGCGUUGCCUGUGCAACAACGGACAACAAGGACACUGUGAUCGGUCUUCUCAUUGUAGGCUGCUUCUUCGUAGGCUGGGUUGAGAGUAUCGGUCUAGCAAUGUCCGGCAUCGUUAUCAAGGAUCAAUCUGAGAUCGGAACCGCGGUUGGCAUCGCCGGGACUGUGAGAUCAGCCAUCUCGACCGUCGCCUCAACUAUAUACGUGGCGAUCCUAACCAACCGUCUCGGCGCGACCAUCCCUGCACAAGUCCCUCCUGCGCUCAUAAAUGCCGGCCUCCCUGCCUCCUCAGUCGCGUCCUUCAUCGAGGCUAUGACCACAGGCUCAUUCGAGGGUAUUAAAGGUCUUACCCCUCAGAUCACUGAAAUAGGUGUUGCAGCAUACAAGAAUGCGAGUGCAAUGGCGUACCGGACGGUCUUCCUAUCGACAAUCGCGUUCAGUGGCGUGGCGCUGGUCCUGAGCUUCUUCUGUCCAAAUGUAGAUGAUAAGAUGACGAGCAUGGUUGCGACAGUGCUGCAUAAGGGUGGGAAUGGCGAGAUUGAAGGUGCAAGGGAGGAGAAAACUAGGCAUGCGCAUGUGGAGGAUGUGUAG